AUGAUAUUCAAAUAUGUUGGAGGACUAUCUUCCUCACCGACUGGUAAAGCGCUCUGGCAGUCAUCCGCUACAUCAUCAGAAAAUACUAUCGCUGCCUUAGAUACCACUACAACCUUCCAAAGAAACUAUAAAAACCGUCUCGUUAAAAGUUGGCAAACGCUUAAUCCUCAAGAGGUGAGUGCGGAAAAUACUUACAUCACAGAGGGUUAGGAUAAAUGCAACUUAGCUUCCAAAGUUGUCAUAAAAUUUCAAUACGUCCUCCCAGAAUUUGCCUGGAAAAACAUAUUAGUUAAGCUUUUUAAGAAAAUUAAACAAAAAUUGUAUUGGGCUGACUCUGCAACCUCAUGGUAAAUUGGUUUCAUAUAGUCUGUCGAGAAACAUUCUUCCAGAUGGAUUUUAGUAUAAUUUUACUCAAUUAAUUGGAGCAGCUCUUUUAAGAGGGAAUCCAGGGAAACAAGCUGAACACCUUUUUCCUUUUUGCAGCAACCUUCGAAGACUAAAGGUGAAUAUAAAACGCAACAAUGUAGAUCAGAGAGCGAAAUUACUGAACAUGCAAUGAAGUCGCAAUUAGUUACUAUCUUUUGCCACCUUACUUCCUAAUCCUUAGAGCGUCAUGUCUUGGAAAAAAUUAUGAAUGAGGUUCUCAUGUUUUUUCCUUAUGGGAGAAUAAUUCAUAAAAUUGGAGUUUUGAGCCUUCGUAGUCAUGUGACAGAUACAAAGAGUUAAUUGAUUAUCAGUAUAUUUCAAAAUUAGUUUGUAGAAAGACAAUGAAAAUUCGAUGAACAAUUUCUUUGACUCUCCGAUUGUAUGACUCUUCUGUAAAUCCAUUUAACAUGUUGAUAACAGAUCAUUUUUUGAGUGACUUUAGGUUCGUGUGGUGCUUUACACGAAUGGAGCAGAAGUUAUAGCUCUGAAAUUCAAUGCCAGAGGGACAAGUAACAUGAACUGGUUUACACAAAAUAAUCUGAUUCAAUCACCAUGGACUGAUCUGAAGAGCGCAACAACUUUAAAACCCUUUCGUAUCAAUGGCUAUUACGGGGCACGCAACUUUGAAAUUUCAGCUCGCUACGCAGGAUGUCGCAACGAUGCUGGCUGGUUUGUUAUCGGGGGACCUCACUGUAACUGGGAGAGAUUUUACCCUGCACCGGCAAUACUGUACAGCAAGAAAACUCACAAAAUCACAUGGAAUAAUAACCGAGGUAGAAAAUGCUUCAGGAAAUCUUAGACUUCUUCUGUUCUUGCUUUUUUUUGUUUUUUAGUACGAGCGACUACCUAAACAGACCUUAUCAAAUAGAUUCCCUGCCAUUCGUUGAUUGGAGUAAUUAAUUAAAACGGCAUGGAACAACUAUUCUCUUUUUGCUUUUGGGAAAUAAUUCAUGAAAUGAUCCAGUCGACGCUUUCUCGGAUUAAUAGAUAAUUUUAUCUUCUUCUUCAGAAAAAACUGUUUAAUAGUAACAUUUUAAGAUCCCCUUUUCACUCUGGUUUUCCUUCUGUGUUUGGACAUUUAGAUGGAACUGUUAAAUACUGAGACAAAAGCCCGGUUAGAAACUGAGAAGGGGCCGUGAAAUAGUUAUCAAUUCAACUAAAAUAUAAUCUCUCAGAUGAUGCCAAGGCCAGGGCUCAAAACUGAUUCUUUUGUAAAAUAUUGACUGUUUUAUUUAUCUUUUUAUUCGUCUUCUUCAUCAUCUUUCCCAAAAAAUGGAGUAGGUAUUAUAAUAGUCAUAUAUUAGAUGAUAUCUCAAUAAAUCAUUUAAUAUUACUUGGAAGUGAAUAUAUUUUAUAUUCGUUUUUCAAGCUGACGUCGGAGGCGCUGAGGCGAUGAUUGUGUUUGUACGAUGAAAACCGAAGAUGACAUGCAGUCAAUGGAUCAACAAAGCAGAGAAAUGAAAUCUGAAUAAAGUAUUGGAAGUGAAAUUCUGCAUAUUUGGUUAUUCAUACAGUUUUACAAUUGUUGUUUAGAGGGCCCUAACAGAACAAAACAUUUACAUCAAACAACUUUUCAUUUAUUCCAUUGUUCGAUAAUGGUGAACAUGUCUAUGAUAGCAGUUGUAGUAACCUUAAAAUAAACAAGCUUCCCUUGAGCACCCUUUAAGUAAAACUGUUAACUGAGAUUAAACGUCUAAGUAUUCUGUAAAAAUUUGUUUCGAUAUUCUCUAUAUUCAAUGAAUACCUCACAUUAAAUUAUUAUUUGUAAAAAGUACCAUAAAAGAUUAAUAGAAAAAACUGACGAAAGCUAUUGGUUAAAAAAGUAAACAGGAGGUUAAUUGAAGCUAAUAUAAAGCUAAGUAUAACUGGGGGGCAUUCACUUUAUACAACUCGAGAGCACAUGUUUGUAUGACUUUGCGGCAUGUCUUUCGCUUUGAUGUGUUUCCUGUUACUUGAGUUAUGCGCUAUGAUACCCAAGACUGUCUGGUCACAAGGUUAGUAAUUGUAGUAUAGACUGUGGGGGAAUUCGAUUAUUUUAGUACUGGCAUAUGGAGCUCGACUGAAAGGCAAUAAGGGCAGGGUUUUAAUAUAUACGUGUGAUCAAUGCUUGCUCCAAUGCAACGGAUGGUGGGUUUUGAAUUCUUUCAGUUGGAACUGACCAGGCAAUGCAGUUUAAUAACCUUUUUUUUCAACAGGCCUGCAUCUAAAGCCAUCAACUUUUAUUUUUUCUCACUCUCUGUACUUCAUAAACCGUCGAAGAGUGGAAGAGGAUGAUAAAUUGUACGCUAAAAAUUCGCAAAAAUUUAGGGAAACGAUAUCUCAACAAUAUCCAAAUACAAACCCGUGGGCCCUCGUUGUAUUCCUCUUCUCUGCUUAUCAAAAGCCCGACGAAUUUUUAUUUGGAGGCAAUAUUUCAGCGUUCACAAAUAAAGCAACAUAUAUAACCAGAAUAGAAAGUAUUUCUCUUUUCUGAAAUAAAGCUCAGCAUCUCAGAAAAGCCUUGUAAACAAUAUGAGAUAAGUAGAAUUGGAGACGGACAUUUGUACCCUAAAGAAGGUAUUUAUGAGAAACAUUUCACAGUUCGUCCCGGACAUGAAGAUCAUCUACUCGUAAAAGUUUAAAAAGGGAAAUUUUUCAGGAUAAUUUUGAGUACAAAUACAUGUUAUUUUCGUGAGUGAAAUCUUCAGAAGGAUUUUCACCCUUAAAGAUUUCCAUCACCUUCGGGUAUUAAAACCAAGUUAUAAAUUCGAACGAGCCUAUUCUAGUUUGUCUGAAACAAAACACCUGCCACCAUCGAUGAGACAACGAACCACUCCUGUGUGUGCUCUUUAGAAUUUCUAAGUCUACCUUUGGCUUUUACUAAUUUGUUUGUUCCUUUUUUGUUAUUUGUUUAUGUUUGUUUUUUUUCAUUUUAUCUCAUGAGAUUCUGUUUGAAAACCAUAUUCGUAUGAAGAAGAUAUCCUAAUAAAGAUUACUAUAAUUUGUCCCGUUUUUAAAUACACUAACAGCUGUUAUGAAUUGAGAUGAUGAAGCCGUUAAUUACUGAGGCCGUAUUUUCCAUGACUUGCUCCGUUCAGUCCACCAUUCAAGGCUGUUCGGACCAUGUUUAUGAUAACACUUGUAGACUGCUGUCAAUGUAGGGUAUCAUUUAUUUGCGCUACAUAGAGAUGCUCCCAUGUUGUAAAACCGUUAUAUACUCUGUUUGAAACUGUGCCAUGAUUCAUUACACUGCACCAUACUGAUUGCACUUAAUUACAUUUAGUGGUCGGAAAUCAAGAGACAAAAAAUUGCGUCUUUGUUUGGAUGUGAGUCAGUUUAAAAAGUUCUUUUUACCCCCAAACUGUGAUUGGCAUGGAUUCUUAUGUAAAAGCUUUAAUCCGUUCAGUUGACUUCGGCAAACACUGGUAUUGUAUAAAAAGAAAGAUAAAGCCCAAAUGAUUCUUCAUUUUUCAGCUGCAAAGGUGUUGAAGCGAAGAUUCAAAUCGUGUUUAUGUCUCUACCUAUGCCAGGCUUGUUAACUUUCGUAUGCAAUUUUUUGAUAUGGUUAAUAUUCCGUGGAGCCUCCAUCCACUGCUUCAUAAAUGCCAUCCACGGUGAGCAAAAUCAAACCGAACUUAAAGAAUAAAGACUGACCCUAAUAUCCAGACCACCUGCUAUAAACAAACAUCCAAAAGAAGGUAGAUGAAUUGAUUCAGCACCAAACUCUUGCCUCAUUGAUUUGAUUUCCUUUUGCAAAUGCGGAGAAAACGUUGAAAUGAAUAACGAAUUGAAACCAUUCAAUCAAGAACACUGGAAAAUCUCAAAUCGUAACGCUGAGAACUCUCUUAACUUUUUACGUGUUUUCAUAACAUAAAUAAAUUUAAUAAGAUAUAUCCAGUAUCACCAUCACUAAUUAAAAGCACUCGGAAAAGAGGAAAAAGCCUACAUACUUGUAUGUAAAUAUUGUAAAAGAUAGUAAUAACAUUUUUUCUCAGAUCUUUGUCGAUCAAUAACGUUUACAAAACCAAGAGAAGGUUACUCUUUCUAUGGCCACGUGAUAAAAAACCUGACGACAACAACUGCCAGCUCCUGUAAAAACCUCUGCACAAUGGAAAGCCAAUGUGUCUCUGUCAACAUUAGUCCACCAUUAAAUGGCAAGGUGGUUUGUGAGCUGAGUGAUUCUGAUCACGUUCAGCAUCCAGCAGAUCUUAAGCUAAGAGAGAGUUAUAUUUACAGAGCCACACAGGUGAGCAGAAUCAGCCUUGAUGAUAUUACAUGCGAGUUAUCAUAGUCAUCUCAUCCCUUUAUUGGUAUUUUUCCUGUGCUUUGUAAUUGUUGUUGUUGUAAUUAUUGUUUCUGUUUUUAUAUUUUCGGUUGCUUUCGUGAUAACCGUUUUUGUUCCUAGUUUAUUGCGAAAUCUCGAAAAAUUUUGUAUCAUUUUUGAGAUAUUCUUUUGAAAUGUAGUGGCCUUCCUAGUGUUUUACCAGCGAUUGACCCCCGAGGGAGAGUCCUAACUUCGAGUCUCAUAUGCAAAAAUGUACUCUCGUAGUAAUUCUCUCCACGCUCAGGAGUAUAGGUGGGUAUAGGCAAAUUACACUGUACCAGAGAAACCUGAUGAAAUGCUGACUGAGCCUUGAUGAUGCUACAUGCGAGUUAUCAUGAUUUGAAUCGCAUACGUCUUUAUUUGGAUUUUUCCUGCGUUUUGUUGUUGUUGUUUUUAUUUAUUGCCUCUGUGGAAACCUGCAAGUGUUUCGUCAUGUUUGUAAGGUAUUAUUGCAUACGUGGUGGCCUUAUCAGUUAAACAGGAGCUGUAAUCCCAACGGAACCUUAAGUUGGAGAAUUAGGUGACAAAAAUACUCCCACAGUGAUUCCUUCUACGCUCAGGAGUAUAGGGGGGGUACAGGCGAACUAUUAGGGAUUACGUGAUGAGAUGCUGAAGGAUAAUUAGACCAAUUUCCCAUUCAUAAGGAGAAAUAAAACAACCAAUCUUUCCAAGCUGGAGGAAAUUUGAUGGGGUCUUACGUUUGGGGCCAGUAAGCUGAUGUGUAGUAGCUACCUCUAUUUUAUCUUGUCCGUGUUUUCAGACACAAAACGUUUCCUGCAAUAAUCGUAAAUUACUCUACCCUCCCUAACUUUAAUUUUGUACACGCCAUUCUCGCGAGAGCUCACUUCAUUAUUUAUGCUCACCGUAGAACUAUUGCUCUGAUAAACCCUGCAAGAACAAUGGAAAGUGCUUAAAUGGAUUCACUGAAAAGAAGUACGUCUGUGAGUGCAAAUCUGGAUAUACGGGAGACAACUGCGAAAAAGGUAAAACAUGAUUGCAGAAAACGUUCUUUUCCAGACCAGUACAUUUUCCAUUAAAGGCCAUUUUCCUGCAAUAAUAAUUUUCAUUUCUUCUCAGUCAUCAAUGAUUGUUCUGACGCUCUCCCAUCGAAUGGAAUUGUUCAUAUUUGGAAUCAUGGACCGGAGCUGUUUCGUGUUUAUUGCGACCAGACAAGCGAUGGAGGAGGUACUACUGUUAUUUCUUAACUAUGUUCAUCGAUUUUGUAAAUUAAAAUCCAGCAUGUUCAUGAACAUGACAUGACCACAUUUGUCUUAUAUCUUCUUUGGACUGUUGGGGUAAACAAGCUCGAACACGACGUGCAAACGGGAAGUACCGGUUUUUUGAUCAAGAGAGCGAUUUUUGAUCAAUUCGGAGCGACUUUCACUCUUUUCUUAAAAACCCUUUCAGGCCUAGGUAAACGUUCUUAAAUGUCCUCUCAGUAGGCGUGUGUGGGCUGACGGAACAACUGACAUUGACAGAUAACACAUAUUUCUACAACGCCAGCUGAGAAGUUCUGCAUAAUCUUGCACUAACGAGAAUGACAGGUUGCAAAAACUUUAGAGCAAGAAAAAAAGUUAUUUUUUUACCGUAUAACCAAUACUCCAUAGUUGUUAAAGGCGCGCAACAACAGUGAAAAGAUAUUAUCUUUGAACAUAAGCACGUACCAAAAUAAUGAGAAAAUGAAAGAUUGACAAUCUCAUUUUUCUUCUAUAAUCAGGUUGGACAAUGAUUUUCAAAGUUGUUAGGGGUAUCUCUCUGCCUGUAGUGGGCGACCUUUGGAAUUCAAAAGCCACACAGUCGGAGAGUAUCAGUGCAGCCUUGGACACUACUAAUACUUUCGCAGGCCAUGUUAAGAACAGGGUUGUUAUGAACUGGCAAAAAUUCAACCCUAAGGAGGUACGAAAGUCAACUGUAGACAAGUUAACAGUCUUAAAGCGUUCCUCUACUUAUUGCAUCUAGCCCACUCAGGUGCAGUGAAUAAUGAGCAACUGAGUUUCAAUCAAUUAUGGUUAAAAUCAAGAAUGAAGACUAAAUUUUCUGGUCUAUGUGAUCUAUAAAUAGAUAUUAAAUUUUCUCUUAUCCCUUUCAUUAAACACUGAAAUUUUUCGAUAUCAACAUCACAAUUUGAUUUGAAUUCUUAUUUCUUUAUAAUUUUUUUCUUUACCUAUUCGAAAAGACGACCUGUUUUCAAAACUAUCAAAUUUGUUGAAUUGACUUUUUAUGAGCAAUUAAAAAAGGAGUAAAUCAGGUACACGGUAAAAAGAAGUGAAAUUGUAUAACUUUCUGGGCGAAAUCUAUAGGAUACAGUUGUUAAAUUUAUUCAUACAAGCAUCUGUUUAUUUUUCUUUUAUUUAACUGAAUAAUUAAGGCUUCAUUUUUCCAUUGAUUUCCGACAGGCUCGUGUGGUGCUGUACCAGAAUGGAACGGAAGCCAUCUCCCUUAAGUUUAAUGCAUCUGGAUCGAACAACUUGAACUGGUUUUCACAGGAGCGACUUAUUUCGUCGCCAUGGAACGACCUUAAGGAUGCAACAAACAUAACUCAAUUUGCCAUUGUUGCUCUUUAUUUUCGGUUCUUUGAUAUAGCACUGUCCCGUGGCGGCUGCGGAUAUGAUUCGGGGUGGUUGGUGAUCGCGAACUACCCUGGUUGCAUGUGGGAACAGCGUGACACUGUAAGCAUUCUGUUUAGUACACUGGACAGAGCUGUGACCUGGAUGGAUUACGGUGAGUCUACGAAGUUUGGGAAAACGUACAUUCCUUUACAGCAUUAUUGAGACCAGCGUUGAGUGGGGACUUAACAUGCUUGCUCAGCCAAGAGUUUGAGUCAGAGCCAAAUAACUUGUAAUUUAAUUGAAUUUUAUCAUGAAUUUAUCCAAAAAGAGACAAGUUAUCACCGUAAGGAGGAUAGUUAAAUAUUUGAGGGUGAGCUCUUAAAGUUGGAGGUGAACUUGUCAUAAUUGACGGGGCGAACUCUUCGUGGUGUGGGCGAACAUAUCGGGGGAGAACCUUCAAUGUGGUGAAACACUCAUAUAUUUUACGUUAUUAUUUUGAGGAUCAAUUCAAUUGUGGCACAUUCCUUGAGUCUUUCAAAUCAUUUUGGUCGUUCUUCAGAUUCCAGAUUUCCCAUAUUUAGCUUAAGUUUGAGGGGAUUUAAGAACGGUAUUAGCUAUGAUUAAUGUGAUAUUCUAAUUAAUCGUGUCUUUUAGGGAACGUUGGAAUAGCUGACGUACUAGCCGUGUUCGUCCGCUGAAGACUCCUUUGACAAGUUGCUUACCUGGAGACACCAAAGCCAACAGACUUGUUUGAGUGGAAAAGAGAGCCCCUAUGCAGUUUUAAGUUUUACUAGUCCAAUUUAGGAAAAGUGCUUCUGGUGAACUUUGCUGAAAUCUCAAGGAUUUGUGUUUUAUUCUAUGACUCAGUCACUCAUUCAGUCAGUCGGACUUACGGCGGCAGAUUAAACUUGGCAAAUGUUUCGGCUCCAGCCCUGUACAUGUUGGGUUUUGUAAGUUUGCCACACUUCUUCGAAAAAAUGACUAAGGAAUAUUUGAGGGGCUAAUUAUAAUCAUUCAGGUUUUAUGUACUUUGCAUUUACUAAGCAUAGAAGCAGUUGCGACGCGCAGGGCUUUUCUGCCGGUCAGCGGUCAGUCCGUCAAUUCUUUACAUCCUCACACCCUAACAUUCGGUAGUCAUAUUCUAUAUACUGCUCUCUGUAAAUUUACUAUGGCACUGAAAAUGAGAAUUUGUUGAGAGCUUCUUUGAAUACAUUCAUUUGCUUUAUUCUUGCUAAGAAUAAUAAUAAUGGCUGAGAUUGUGCUAUGAGGAGAAAUUAAAGGCUAUUCACUCUUAGAGGUUCAAAAAUUGAAAGGCUGGUACGGUUACAGUUUGGAGGUUUUCUAUGACAGUCAAUUGGGCAGGCUUUGAUCGGCUUUUUUCUUUCAUCAAAUUACGUUUCUUUGCCUUGCUUGUUAAUUGAUUGGUAACAAUGGUCUUAAAAGUAUAUACGCAAUCAUCACCUCUGCAACUCCAACAUCAGCUUGAAACAAAUAAGUUGAAAAUAAUCCCUCAACAAGUAAACGAGUAUCGUAAUUAUAUAGCUAUCCAUUUUUAAAGAUAAUUAGUGUAGAAAAUAUUUAAACCAAAAAUCGGAUUUAGUUAGCUCAAGCCUUCUCAACAUUUAUGAGGUUAUGUUUGAGUGGACGCCUAUCGUUCUACGACUUUCUCCCAUUUCAAUCUGAAUUUUGUUAACAGUUACGAUCACUUAAACCCGAGAAGAACGUGAGUAAAAAGUUUUUAAUUCAAAUGUCACAAGUUUUAAAAAUACUUUUUUCACUGAAAAAAAAGGAAUUUGUCGAAUUAUCUCCGGACAGCGUUUAUUGGAUCAUUCAAUGACAUCCAAUGACAUCCAAUGAUAUUCAAUGAUUCAUCAAUGAUAUUCCCAAACCCCAGAGGGAAAAAUUGAUUCAGGUAGAUUUAUCUCAUGGCCAUUAAUUAGGAAAUUGAAAUAAUACCUAAGAAACCAUUAGGCGGGGUUUUUCAGGACACCUCGACAAAAAAUAAAAAAGCAUAAGCAAACAAAAUAGUUAGGGUAUUCCAAGAUUUAUCAAAUCGAUUCAAUCCCAACGUUGAUUAUCAUUCCAUGAGAUUUUUUGAGUUUCUUGCUGAACAAAAUUCCCGGCACAGUAAGUUAAGGUCCCCCAAUCAAAAACCACCCAACAUCUUUAGGGCAUCCUGCGUAGCGAAAAGAAAUUUCAAAGUUGCGUGCCCCGUAUUGAUACAAAAGGGUUUUAAAAUUGUCGCACUCUUAAGGUCAGUCCAUGGUGAUUGAGUUAGAUUGUUUUGUGAAAACCAGUCUGGGUUAGUUGUCCCUCUGGUAUUGAACUUCAUAGACAUAACUUCUGCUCCAUUCGUAUUAAGCACUACACGAACGUAAAGUCAUACAAGAAAGCUACAAGUUAUCUUUAUAUCAAACAUAUACUUAUGGGUUAAGAAAAAAGUCGUAAAAUCGGAGAAGUAGAGAAAUGGUUCAUUAAGAAGAGAGCAACUCUUACGCUUUUCUUGUGCUCUCCAACUUCUAAAGUGCAUCCAUAACUCCAUAUAUGCACGCUAAGCAAGCUAACCAAUUCUUUAGUAUUAUUAAUGCGAACUUUGUAAACUUUAGGAACAUGAUGAAAAAAGUGUUAGGAACAUGACUUGGUAAAGUAUUUCGUCACAGACAAUUUGACGAAAAGUUUCCAUAAGGUGGAAGCCUCACCCGAGUACAUUGGUAGCUUCUAAAAAAAAAUUCAACUGGUCUUUAUUUCCAGGCCAUUUCUAAGGAAACGUAUUAACAUUAGAUUAGGAGUUUGUAAACUAUGGUGCAUUUAGCUUAACUCUUUGUGAUGUAAAUGUUUUCCAGACUUAUCUCUUGAGGGUUAAAAUUUUGCCGGCUUUUAAAAAUUUCCCUGGUGGGUUGAGGUGGCAGCGACCUUCCUCUCAGUUAACUGCAAACGUUGGCACAAAAGUAACGAACAGACUUGGAAUUUCCAUAAUUUUUGAGAGGCUUACAGGCAUAACCUAAAGGAACUGGAAGAGUUCAUGAGUUGUAGUUCUGAAAAUGACAUGUUUUUCUUCUGAGAUGUUUUACUGAAUUGGUGUUGUUGCGCUAAUGAAUCAUUCUUAAUUUUUAAGCUCAAUUAAGUUCCUUCAUUAACACUCCCAAAAAUUAGCAUAAUUUCGAACUUUUUAAAUAUUGAACUUUUAUAUAUAGAGACGGAUUGCAAUGUAUUAAUCUGAAAAAAAAAAUUAACAUUUUUGGAUUUGAAUUUUCAAGCUUUUGCCUCUCGUUAAACUUAAUAUAGGUUUGAAAGUUUUCUGCUUUUGUUUUAAAGGGAUUGUGCUUGCGUAUAUCGUGUUUAUCGUUAACAAAGCAUUCUUCGGAUCAUGAAUUAUUAACUUCUACAAGACGAACGCGGAAUAUUCGGGGAAGUUAUGGUUUAAGUCUCUUUUUAUUAUUUCAGGUUAUGCCUUCGUCAUUCUUUGAAACUUCUUUUUGAGUGAGAAAGUGUCAAAGAUUAUGGCGACUCUGAACCUGUUCGCUGUUUUUGUGCUAACGUUAGCAGUUCAUGGAGGUAAGUCGAAUAACGGUAACAAUUCCUUUUACAUAAAUCCUUGGCAUAUAGUUGCCUCAUGAUACGAAAAAAUACAAUCAGCCAAAAACUUAUCUGGCAGUAAAAAUGUUAAAUGUUAACCAAAUCGUUCAGUAACGAAAUGGCCAGAUAAGUAUAUGAGGCAUUGCUCAAAGUAUGUGCGUACAGAUGACAAAUUUUUCCUCCUUUGGUUAGCCCUAACCGAAGUAACAGACAGAUGAAAUUCCUUAUCUACUGAUCGGGGAAAGAGCCCCGACAAGAGAAAUAUGCUAUCACUGAAUUUGAUUUCUUGGAUAGUAAUUUCAAAUGAGAAUAUGCUUCAGUCAACAUUUUCGUCAACGGCUUUUGACAAAAAAUAAGAAAAAGAUUUCGGUUUUUGAGAUAUUAUGAAAAUUUUAGGCGUGCUUUUAAUAUUUAAAAAGUGCCAAUCAUUUAUGAUAAAGAUAUUCCAGCGAUCGACGACUGACACGUGAUGAUUUGUUAAUCUCUGAUGUCCGUUCAGUGAGACUCUUCCUCCUACAGCAGCUCUUUCUCAAAAUAUUUAUUUGAUAUCGUUGUUUCAAUCUUUUAGUUCUUCAGAACAUAACCAUGUAUAUUUUAUGUUGAAAACUGAAAAAACCACUUAUAUGAUUUUCAUAUAUCUACAGUCAACUUUGAUCGCUUUCACACCGAUAUGAUUUUGUUUAAAUUCUAACUUUAAAUAAGUUUUCCAAAUGUUCGUACUUAGUUGCCAUAGAUGUAAAGAACUCGCACUAUUUUAGGGGGAUAUAAGGCAAUUACUAGGAGCCUCGAGGGAUAAAAUAAAUUUUAUAGACACAUAUCGAUUAUAUUGAUCAGUUACGUUUAAUAAUGGGUUGUUCUUCUUUUUAGCUGUGACAGCAAAUUCCGAUGAGUGCAGAACUAUUCUAUUCAAACCAGUCAUCAAAGACAAGUAUUUACUUCAUCACAUAAUCAAAUCUGUGCCAGCUGAAAGUGAAGUAGGCUGUGAACUGAUUUGUUAUGAAGACCCCGACUGCGUGUCUUACAACUACGGGCCAGUACUAACUGAGAUUCCUUUAUGCGACCUGAAUAACAGCACUCAUUUACAAGUCACCAGCGUGAAUUUCAUUACCAGAAAUGGCUACAGCUACCGAGGAAUUGAGGUAAGCCUUACAACCUAAACACAACCGAACGUUUUCUAUCGUUGAAACCUCACGUGACACGACUGACUGGUUGACCACAGAAAUGUAAACAGAAAGAAAAGGUAGCUAUGUUAUGGCAUGAUUACCUGAACUCUUUAAUUAGGCAAUUUUAAAUCAGCAGGACGCGGUGCGGCAUACAACAGACCUCGUUCAUGGCGAAGUUAAUUUCCCGAACGUUGGAGACCAGGUGAAAUCGUCGUGAGGUUUAGUGCUUUUUCGAAGGAAUGAUUCUGAUGACCUCUUUUCAAAAUUACACUGAUGAUAAUAAUAAUAAUGAUGAUAGUAAACCCUCAAGAAGCACACGUGGUCUUAGCAUACAAAGAGGGAAAAGCACUGUUUCCUUUUUUUUUUCAUCACAGAAUCCUUGUAGAAGCAGCCCAUGUCAGAAAAAUUCUACUUGUCAAUCUGGGUUUACUUCAAAAGGAUACUGGUGUGUCUGUCCACAAGGAUUCGGGGGAGAGAAUUGUGACCAAGGUAUUUUCAGCUUAUUCAGUCAAGUAAUGCAAAUAUUCCUGCCUUUUUAUGCUUCUUGGUAUUUUUAAUUUUCUGUUUGAGAAAAUUUCCGAAAUUCUCUUAAGUCAUUGACUGCAUGUUUAAAUAUGUUAGUUGUGUAUAACGGAAAACCUCCUUCUCGCUACUUAGCAAGUAUUUGUUUAUAUCAAUAAUUACUUUAGGUUUUCGGUAGCCAAUCCGUUUCGCGGCCGGCUUGGGGAAUCGCUAACCUCUAGCACAAUUUAGCAUGUUUUGUUUUUUAAAAAUCGUCCCCUUACGGUUUGGAGAACAAAAGUUAUUGUUACGACUUGCAGUGAGGGAGUCAUUCGUGCCAACCUAUUGAAAUCAUAAUUAAAAGCUUUACACAAAAAGUAUUCGAAUUUGAAGUUUUGUGAAAUGAGAGUAUAGGGAUCAGACCAGUACAGCAGAGAGACCUACAGAUCACUGCAUCGUGUGUAAGGAUUCGUAUAAGCAUCUUUUCCACUUUUAAUUUUUUCAGUCAUUCUGCCUCAGAACUGUUCUCAAGCCCCAAAGGAAACAGGAAUCUACGAAAUUUCCAAUCAUGGAUCAGACUCAUUCCCAGUGUACUGCGACCAGAAAAGUGAUGGAGGUGGUACGUCAAACUAAAUAAGAGGAUCUCAAUGUGGUUAACCGUUAGGCGUAAAACGACCAAAAAUUCAGCCUUUAGGCGUAUAAAAUCGACAAAUUUAAACCGUUAGUCGUAAAAAAAAUCAACCUCAAAGUGUUUUCUGGUGACCACAAUGGAAAGAUAUUAGCCGUUAACUGUGAACAGGCCAAAGCUCAACUGUUAGCCGUAAAAGCCAUCAAAACACUGAGACUCUCGAGUGAGGGUCAUCAGUAUUUCUCUGACUAACUCACUUGACUAGGAAGGUCUUAGAUCAUGUCCAUUAAGUCAAUUAGAAAAACUAUUUCUAGGGUUUUCCAAAGGAACAAGCAUUUUUCACAUACCUGAAUAUUUUUUUACAUUUUUUUUUUUUUAAGGUUGGACGAUGAUGUUCAAAUACAUUGGAGGAAAUUCUUCCUCUCCGACUGCUGACGCGUUAUGGAGUUCAUCAGACACAUUAUCAGAGAAUGUUAUCGCUGCUUUAGAUACCACUUCAACCUACCAGGGAAACUACAAAAACCGUAUCGUUCAAAGUUGGCAAACUUUUAACCCUCAAGUGGUAAGUCCGGAAAAUAUCUACAUCACAGAGGGUUAGGUUAAGUGCACCUUGUUUUACAAAUUUCUUAUGUAGUGUUAAUGUAUUUCCAUAUUUCCUGAUCGAGCUUUCUACCUUAUGGAAACUUGUUUUCAAAUUGGCUGUCACGAAACGCUUUUCCAAAUGAUGUUCCUCAUGUUCCUAAAGACAAACCAAGCAGGCACUUUUCUGAACUGCUCUUUCCUCUUUUGAGAAUAAUUUAGUAAUAGAAAAUAAUAGAAUAUAAAGAAUAUAAAGAAUAUAAAAGAAUAUAAAGAAUAUAAAAGAAUAUAAACCAAAACAAUUUGUUUCAAUUUGUUUUUUAUUUGAGUGAUAUCACUGGCCAUGCAAUGAGAUCUUUAUUUGUUGCGUUCUUUUGUUUACCUUACUUCCCAAACCCUAAGAGUGUAUCGUCUUGGGAAUAGGUAUAAGGAAAGUACUCAUGUUUUAUCCUUGUAGGAGAAUAGUUCUCAGAAGGAGAAAAGGAGUUAUGUUUUAAAAUUGUGAAAUUCUCGCACUCCAUGUCUUUGAUUCUCAAGAGAAACAACGACCGGUCGCAAGGUCAAACCACAACAAAACAUGCAAACCACAUUGAUAUGAAAUAUCCAAAGAAAAUUCUGAGCAGAAACAAAAGUGCUUAAUCAAAAAUUACGUUAAAAAAUUACUCAUGUUAUGUAGUAUUGAUUGAUUAAUUGAUAUUGAUUGAUAAACUGUCGGAAUCCUUCAAAACAAGUUUGUAAAAAGACAAAAAACUGACUAACAAUUCUUUAAAUCCCAGGUUGUAACGAUUCUCAUCUUACCCCAUACUCAUGUAUCUCACAUGUAAACAACAGAUCAUUUUCUUGUAUGACUUUAGGUUCGUGUAGUGCUUUACACGAAUGGAGCAGAAGUUAUGUCUAUGAAGUUCAAUGCCAGAGGAACAACUAACGUGGACUGGUUUACACAAAAUAAUCUACUUCAAUCACCAUGGACAGAUCUUAAGAGUGCAGCAAACAUAUUUCCCUUUCGCAUCAAUGGCCAUUACGGUGCACGAAACUUUGAAAUCUCAGCAAAGUACGCAGGAUGCCCUAAUGAUGCUGGGUGGUUUAUGAUUGGGGGACCUUACUGUGACUGGGAGAAAUUUCACCCUGUGCCGGCAAUUCUAUACAGCAAGAAAACUCACAACAUCACAUGGAAUAACUCCCAAGGUAGAAUUGAUUUAAGAAAUUUUGGAAUACCUCUGUUACUGUUUUUGUUUGUUUGUUUGUAUGUUUUUUAAAUCAGGGAAAUAACAAGGUAUUUCCUAAACCGCAGACCUCAUGGAAUGGUUUCGUUGCCAUUCAUUCAUUCUUUUUUUAUUAAAGUCGAUAUAACGGUAUCUCAUAACCAUUCUGUUUUUGUUUUGCUGAGAUAAGCGUUGAACUGAUCUAGUCGACUCCUUCUUGGAUAACUCAGCAAUUUCCUUUUCUUCCUCAGGGGCGUGACCUGGAUUUUUUUGAGAGGGAGAAGAGGGGGGGAGGGGGGGGUCACAUUGUGUCAAAGAGAGAGUACUCGCCCGAUUGCCAUGUCGAACUCCUCUCAUAAAUAUGGUGUAAUAGUGACAUUUUAAGAUACCCCGCCCCUCCUCCCCCCUCACUUCAUUUCAUUUGGGUGUCUGAAUUUAAUUACAAUUGUUAAUUACUGGGGCAAAAUCUCGAAUGGAAAUUAGGAGGAAAAAAAUUUAAGAGCUAAUGUCAGCAUGCAUCAAACAAACGGCAGCAAGUCACCCAAAAUUUGCUUUCACUCCUACUUUUAUAUUUUGUAUCCCAAUAUGUUCUAAUCAUUGAUGGAUCUGGACAUUUUAGUUUUCUGAAUGCAGUUAUUCCUCAAAGGUUUUUCUAGAUGUCAUGCAAAGAGGAAAAAAUAACCAUCUCUUGGUAUUUCGGAGGUUGACCGACUCGUCUUUGAAUUUGUGUCACGCUUGUCAUGCAACUGAUAUAAUAAGAGAUAGAAGAUAUAUAGACUGGAACUCAAAUCUGGCUAGAAUGUGGUAGAGCAUAAUUAAGGUGAUCAUCGAAACAGCUAAUAAAAUCAUAAAUAAACGAGGUAAGAGUGUUAUGGUAGAUUUUUUCGCAAAUUGUAGCGAUUUAUGCUAGUUAACGAUGGCGACAAGUAGGCGCACCAUGUAUAUUUCAUAGUGGCUAUCAAAUAAAUUUUGCCGGACUUUGAGUUCGUCUCAAGAUAGAACAACACAAACACACAAGCAAAUUUUUACACUAAUUUUAUAACCAUCCUUUUGUCUUUUAAAAGCUUGAAGCUCAGUAGAUUCUGCCAAAUCAGUCAUUGUUAAAACUGUCUUUGUUUUGAUGCUACUUUUCGACAUAGGAAAAGUAUGUCGGACAAAAAUAUUCACCAAAAAAUAAUAUUUCUUUGCCAGCUUCAAUAAUGACAGGGGAUUAAGUUUAGAUGAUAAAACAAAGUAUUAUGUUCACAGAAAUGCCAGAGGUCAAGUGGAAUCGUUACAUGAGGUCACACAACUUGGGUUAUAUUCACGGUGAAAAUUUUCAUUUUUGAGCGGUCGAACCGAAAAAGUCAUUUCUCGAAAACUAAAAUAUAUUUUCAUAAAAAAACUAAACCACAAUUAUAAGAACAUACUGGGCUACAAAAUAUAAAAGCAGGAGUGAAAACGAACUUAGGGCGACUUGCCACAAUAUUUCAAAUUUGUUCGAUGGAUGCUGACAUCCUCUCUUAAUAACUGCACGAGUCAUCUGAAAUUUAACCUUUCCAAUGAUUACAGGGCUGGUGCUCAAAAACCGGUUUUACUAACGGUCAGGAAAGCUCACUUUUGCCAACUUUUUAUUUGCCUUCUUCUCCAUCUACUUCUAAAUAUGUAUUAUGUAUUAUAGCAGUCAUUUAUUUUUAUUUUUAUUUUAUGAGAUCUCUAUAAAUAGUUUACUAUGUAUUAUUUAUCGAUGAACUUUUUUUCAUAUAUUCUUUUCUCAAGAUGACGUCGGAGGCGCUGAGGUUAUGGUUGUGUAUGUACGUUGAAGACCAAGGAUGUCAGGCAAUGAACAAUCUUAAUGAAACGUUGGGAAGUAAAACUUCUGUUAUAACUUUAUACGCAAAAUGACUGCAAGAUCAUACCAAAGUGCUUAACUGUAACUCGUUGGUUUUGAAGAAGAACUGGCUUGUUACUGCCAAAGACGCUUAUCCUCUUUCCGCUAUUCUCUCUGCUCGAGACAUUUUCUUUUCGUCAUCAGAGUUUGACGCGAGCUUGUCAGAUAGAUUUUCGUUACCGUAACUUGCCAACGAAACUCACUCUUAUUAGAUAGUUUUAUGACCUUUAUACUUUUCGAUACUAAAGUAGUACCUUAUCCUGAGGCGCGUUUCGCUCUCUCUUAAGAACUACUUUUCAGGGCGUUCGAAGCGUCAUGCAUCUUAUCAAGGACUCAUGAUCAAGUUGCUGUUAGUUACCCUUCCAGACGCAAGUGUAGUUCUCACGGCGAGCAUUCUUUACGGCUUGGUCAACUGCAGCGCUGUUACUUACAGAAAAAACUUUGAGCAAAUUUGGCUGGCGUAGAUUUGAUCACGUUAAGUUUUCUGUUAAAGAACCGAUCGACGUUGAAAUAUCCAAUCUGAUUGCUUGAAUAAUGGAUGGUCGUGAUGGAUCCAAUACGGCUACACUAUCUUCUGCUGCGUUCGGGAAGCGAGCUGCUGAAAGAUCGUCCGUCUUCAAAUUAACUGCCUGCGUGGCGGUGUUCACAGACCCGACGGACCAACUCUCAAUUUUUAUUACUCAACACUUAUAUACCGUUAUUCAAAUAACUUAACACAUAACUUAGGACAUAUCGAAACACUCACUAUUAAACGCACAAUGCAAUUCAGAACGUGAAGGAAAAAAAUAUCUGCUCAUCUUCGUAAUGCACAUAUUUUAAUAUCCUUGUCAAUUUGUUCAUCUACAUAGUGUUGCAGCUGUUGUGUUAGUUUUUAUAUAAGAUGGAAAUUUUAAACCAUUUUGUAUAAGUUCGCUAACGGUGGGUACGUGUACAAUUGACGGCCUUUCAUCCUUACAGCCUCAAUUGAGCAAAACUGGCCGUGGAACGGAGUUUAAACGCUAUGGUAUUCUCUUUAAAAAUAAAUUUCAGUUUUCCUCAUAUUUACUUAAUACCUUGUAUGGACCUCUUGUUCAACAAAAUUGUACCAUUAAAGCCAAAUAGAUAGAACGCUCGACAGCUAUUGGUUGAAAAGUGAAUAGGAAGUUGAUUGGAGUUAAUAUCACGCUUAGUACAACUGGGAAACAUGCAGUUUGUACACCUCCAUGUCUGUAUGACUUUGUACCAUGUCUUUCACUUGGAUCUGUUUUCUGUUAGUGGAGCUGUGUUCAAUGAUACCCAAGGUUGCCUGGUCACAAGGUUGGUUAUUCAAGUAUGUUCUUUGACAAAAUGAAAACUGAGAAAUCGAUUCUUUCACUGCUACCGUAUAAAAGGGCGCGAUUGACAGAAAAUAAAGCAACGAUGUCAUCGUUAUUGUGUUUUCAAUGUUUGCUGCAAGCUUCAGAUGGCGGCUUUUCAAUUUCCUGAUGGAAAUAGCACGUUAGCAUUUACUGCUGUUUACUCUUUGACGUUAUGGGCCGGUUAUUUGCUCGAGGCCAAACUAAUCCAAACUACGUUUUUACCACAUCCAGACGUUUUUGUUUAAUAUUUUACAGUAGGAGGAUAGUAUAUUUUAAUAUGUUUAGAGAAGUUGUGGGCCCUUAGUGUACCAACUCAUUUGCUCAUUAAAAAAAACAUGAUGAACUUUUAUCUGCAGUUCACGCAGAAUAGUUUUAAGAGGUGUAUUACAAACAAAACUUCGACUCUCACAAAUGAAGGAAUUUACAAGAGUGGUAAAUAUUCCGCUUUGUGUGGAACUUGAAAGCUAAGCAUUGUAGGAAAGCCUUGUAAAACUAGAUAAGAUAAGCCUAAACGGACAUGGUAACAGUUUAAGUAAAGUAAUUAUGAGAAAAUGGAAGCAGUUCGUCUCCUGACAUAAACAUGUCAUUGAACAUUAUUAUUCCGAAAUAGGGUGGAAAAAAAAACUUUUCGAGCCAAUUUUGUGUACAAAUUCAAGUCAUUCCCGCAGGUGUGUUACAUCUGUAUACACGUUUUCCAACUUCAAACAGAACCGUUAGUUACUUGCGACUAUUUGAAUUAAAGCAAGUUAAAAAUUCCCUUUACAGAUGACUUUUACAUACGCGAAAAAAUAAUAACUGAGUCACCUGUUGUCAAGAAGAAAAGAUGAAAAAUUUACAUUUUACUGUUUUUUAUGUUAUAAUGAUAUUUACCACCAACGAAUCAGAACAUCUUUCUUAUAGCAAGUUAAGCCUCCUCGACUUUUAUUUUUUAGAUUAAUCUCUGGCGGAAUAUAAUUUUAAGGGCAUCAUAAACUUUCACAACUUUAACAUAUUCUUUUCAACACGAGAAAACAAACGCUUUUUUUCGCACAGCGUAUGAGUUCUUUAGUCCUUGCUGUGAAGGAAGUUUAAGUUCAAUAAAAAAAAAACAGAUUUCCAUUAGAAUAAAAAAUAUUUCGCAACAUUUGGUCUCGAUUUAAUAUCUGCCUUUAAUAUUGCCUUAAAGGAAGCAAAGUCGAAUAGCCUACAAUUUUAUCGUAUUCUGCAUUUCAUAAUCUAUUUAUUGUCAUUAACUUUAUUUUGGUUUCAUGCGAAACAUCGCGUGUAAAUGUUUUUUUUUCUCUGAAGGCACUGGAUAAGGUGCGGAGUAACCUUAAAGGCAAAGACAGAAAUAAUGGCAAGAAUAGUAAAAUUUUGUCAUUGAUAGAAACAAGACCACUUUCAUCCGUCACUCGGAUAAAAGAAAGGAAUCUAUCCAAAAAACCCCAUUCAAAGUUUCUAGUUUGUAGGAAUCAAUACGUUUGUUCCUCAAAUAGUUACAGUUAAGAAUAUUCUAACUUAUAGUAAUUAUUUUGAACCCAUAGAAACUCGUAAUAAUUUGGAUUCCGAGUAUAGGCAGAAUUCAAGACAGAAUCUACUUUCAGUGGACAAGUUCCAUUAUCUAAAUGUACCCCGAAUUGACAUAAUCACACAUAUGACGACUUUGAAUAUAUCUUAAUAUGUCUUGAUCAUCCUCUCUGCGUUUCUGUGAACUUUGCCGCCAAAGAAAAAAGUGGUGCGCGUUAUUGUCCUGUAACAAGUUCAACGACCCUGACAAACUCAAAGAAAGCAAGAGUUCGCAUGACUAUUCGUUUCCAAAUGCAUCACUAUAAGUUUUCCAAAUGUUAGUACUUGCUCUAGAUGUAAAGAACUCGCUUUAUGUAAGGGGGAUAGAAAGCAAUUACCAGGAGUCUCGAGGGAUAAAAUAAAUUUUCAUCGACACCUAUCGAUAAUGUUGAUCAGUUGCGGAUAAUGAUGGAUUGCUUUUCUUAUUACUUGUGACAGCAAAUUCAGAUGAGUGCAGAGCAAUUCUAUUCAACCCAGUCACCAAAGACAAGUAUUUACUUCAUCACAUAAUCAAAACUGUGCCAGUUGAAGGUGAAGUAAACUGUAAACUAAUUUGUUAUGAGGACCCCAACUGUGUGUCUUACAACUACGGGCCAGUAUUAAGUGAGAUUCCUUUAUGCGACAUGAAUAACAGCACUCAUUUACAAGUCACCAGCGUGAAUUUCAUUACCAGAAAUGGCUACAGCUACCGAGGAAUUGAGGUAAGCCUUACCACCUAAACACAAUUAAACGUUUUCUAUCGUUGAAACCUCACGUGACACGACUGACUGGUUGACCACAGAAAUGUAAACAGAAAAAAAAGGUAGCUAUGUUUUGGCAUGAUUAUUUGAGAUCUCUAAUAGGGCAAUUUUAAAUCAGUAGGACGCGGUGCGGCAUACAACAGACCUCGUUCGUGGCGAAAUCAAUUUCCCAAAUGUUGGAGAUCAGGUUUAGUGCUUUUUGUAAAAAAUAACUCUGAUGACCUCUUUUUAAUAUUACAAUGAUGAGAUUCAUGAUAAUAAUAAUAAUAACGAUGGUGAUUCUUCAAGAAGCAUACGUGCUUUCAGCAUACAAAAAAAGAAAGGCAUUCUUUCCUUUUUUUCAUUUUUUUUCAUCACAGAAUCCUUGUGGAAGCAGCCCAUGUCAGAAAAAUUCUACUUGUCAAGCUGGGUUUACUUCAAAAGGAUACCGUUGUGUAUGUCCACAAGGACUCGGGGGAGAGAAUUGUGACCAAGGUAUUUUAAGCUUGUUCGUCAAGUAAUGCAAAUAUUCCUGCCUUUUAAUGCUUCUUGGUAUUCUUGUAUUUCUGCUCAAGAAAAUUUCCGAAAUUCUCUAAAGUCUUUGACUGCAUGUUUAAAUGUGUUAGUUUUGUAUAACGAGAAACCUCAUUCUCACUUCUCAGCAAGUAUUUGUUUAUAUCAAUAAUCACCUUAGCUUUCGAUGGCCAAUCCGUUUCGUGGCUGGCUUGGGCAAUCGCUAACCUCACCUCUAACACAAUUUAGCAUGGUUUUUGUUUUCAAAGUCGUCCAAUUAUGAUUUAGAGAACAAGAGUUAUUAUGUUACGACUUGUAGUAAGGGAGUCAUUCGUGCCAACCUAUUGAAAUCAUAAUUAAAAGCUUUACACAAAAAGUAUUCGAAUUUGAAGUUUUGUGAAAUGAGAGUAUAGGGAUCAGACCAGUACAGCAGAGAGACCUACAGAUCAUUGCAUCGUGUUCAAGGACUCUUAUAAGCAUCUUUUCUACUUUUAAUUUUUCCAGUCAUUCUGACUCAGAACUGUUCUCAAGCCCCAAAGGAAACAGGAGUCUACAGAAUUUCUAAUCAUAGAUCAGACUCAUUCCCAGUGUACUGCGACCAGACAAGUGAUGGAGGUGGUACGUCAAACUAAAUAAGAGGAUCUCGAUGAGUUAACCGUUAGGCGUAAAACCGGCAAAAAAUUCAACCGUUAGGCAUAUUAAAUUGACAAAUUUAAACUCUACGGUGGCCAAUUUGUUUUCAACUCAGUCGAUAACACUAGAUUACCUUGUUAUACUCUCCCACCGACGCAGCACCACAGUUUCUUUAGAAACUUACCCCCUUUUUCCAAAUAAGUAGUUGAUUUAGAGGUGGCUAACUCAAAUGGCUUGGAAGGUCCUUGGACUUAGCUCAUGUCCAUUCAGUCAAUUCGUAAAACUAUAUCCAGAGUUUUCCAAAGGAACAAGCAAUUUUCACGAACCUCGACUAUUUUUGACAAUUUUUUUUUCGAUUUUGAGGUUGGACGAUGAUAUUCAAAUACAUUGGAGGAGAUUCUUCCUCUACGACUGGUGAUACGUUAUGGAAUUGGUCCGACACAUUAUCAGAAAAUAUUAUCGCUGCCUUAGAUACCACUUCAACCUACCAGGGAAACUACAAAAACCGUAUCGUUCAAAGUUGGCAAACUUUCAACCCUCGAGAGGUACGUCCGGAAAAUAUCUACACCACUAAAUGCACCUUAGUUUACAAUUUUCUUAUGCAAUGUUAAUGUAUUUCCAUAGAAAUGGCCUGUAAAAGUAAAUCAGUUGGACUUUUUUUGGAUUUUUUUUUUCCAUUUGCCUGAUCGAGCUUUCCAUCUUAUGGAAGACUUGUCUUCAAAUUGUUUGUCACGAAACACUUUUCCAAAUGCUUUUCAUCAAGACAAAGCAAGCACUCACUUUCCUGAACUACUCUUGCCUCUUUUGAGAAGAAUUAAGGAAUAUAAAAGAAUGGAAUAUAAAUAAUAUAAAAGAAUAUAAACCAAAACAAUUUGUGUCAAAGAGUGAUAUCACUGGCUAUGCAAUGAGAUCUUUAUUAGUUCCAUUUUUUUGUUUACCUUACUUCCCAAACCUAGAGAGUGUAUCGUAUUGGGAAUAGACAUAAGGAAAGUACUCAUGUUUUAUCCUUGCAGGAGAACAGUUCUUGGAAAAAGAGUUAUUUUUUGAAAAAAGUGCACAGUUCUCGCACUCCAUAUCUUUAAUUCUCAAGAGAAACUGUGAUUGGUGGUAAGGCAAAACCACAACAAAAUAUGCAAACCACAAUGAUGUAAUAUAUUCAACAGAAAUUUUGAGCUGAAACAAAAGUGCUCAUACAGAAAUUACGUUAAAAGUACUCAGAGUACUUUUAAAGAUUCGCACCGCCUAAUGAACUGAUCAUAUGCAAACAAAACUCCAGUCGUGGUUAUCAUCAGUACUUUUAGUGCUUCGAGGACGAUUGAAAAACAAAAGUUGCCGUGCCAAAGACAGAGUGAUACUAGAACGAAGCCGAUACAACAACUUCUAGCUCAAAACUUUGCCUUCUCGAGUUUACAUAUAGUCAUGUUAUGUGGUAUUGAUUGAUUGAUAUUGAUUGAUAAACUGUCGGAAUUCUUCAAAACAAGUUUGUAAAAAGACAAAUUGAUCAAAAAUUCUUUAAAUUCCCCCAUGUAACGAUUCUCAUCUUACCCAUACUUAUGUAUUUGAUAUGUAGACAACAGAUCAUUUUCUUGUAUGACUUUAGGUACGUGUAGUGCUUUACACGAAUGGAGCAGAAGCUAUGUCUAUCAAGUUCAAUGCCAGAGGAACAACUAACGUGGACUGGUUUACACAAAAUAAUCUACUUCAAUCACCAUGGACUGAUCUUAAGAAUGCGACAAACAUAUAUCCCUUUCGCAUAAAUGGCUAUCACAGUGCACGAAGCUUUGAAAUUACAGCUAAGUACGCAGGAUGUCCUAAUGAUGUUGGGUGGUUUAUGAUCGGUGGAUCUGUCUGUGAAUGGGAGAGAUUUCACCCUGUGCCAGCCAUUCUGUAUAGCAAGAAAACUCAUAAAAUCACAUGGAGUAAGGCCCAAGGUAGAAAUUUAUUUUAAAAAUCUUGGAAUCCCUCUCUUAUGGUAAAAAUUGAUUUAAGAAAUCUUGGAAUACCUCUGAUACUGUUGUUAUUAUUAUUAUUAUUAUUAUUAUUUUUGUUUUUAUUUGUUAUCAAAUCAAUGAAAUAACAAGAUAUUUCCUACGUAGACCUCAUGGAAUGGUAUUUUUCUUGCCAUUUACUUAUUCCCUUUUUUUAUUAAAGCGGAUAAAACGGUAUAGAAUAACUAUUCUGUUUUUUUUUUUGCUGAGAUAAUCGUUGAAAUGAUCUAGUCGACCCCUUCUUGGAUAACUCGGCAAUUUCCUUUUCUUCUUCAGGGUGGUGACCAGGAUUUUUUAAAGGGAGGGGGGAGGGGUCACACUGUGUCAAAGAAAGAGUACGCGUCAGAUUAUUCAGAUUAUUAUGUCGAACUUUCAUGUAUAGGGUGUAUUAUAGACAUUUCAAGACGCUCAUCCAAAUCUCGGUAGGAGAUUGAAAGGAGAAGAUGCAAUAACUGUAUGAGUCAUCUGAAAUUUAACAUAUGUGAUGAUUACAAGGCUGGUGCUCAAAAAUCGGUUUCACUCGGAUCUUCUCUGUCUUCUUCUCCUUCUUUCUCUUGAUAAAAAUUAUGUAUUAUGGUAAUCGUUUAUUUAAUGAGAUCUCAAUCAAUAGUUUCCUAUGUAUUAUUUAUCGGUUAAUAUAUUUUUUCAUAUAUUCUUUUCUCAAGAUGACGUCGGAGGUGCUGAGGUUAUGGUUGUGUAUGUACGUUGAAGACCAAGGAUGCCAGGCAAUGAAUAAUCUGAAUGAAAUGUUGAGAAGUAAAACUUCUGCUUUAACGUUAUACGCAAAAUGACUGCAAGAUCCUACAAAUCAUAUCGAAGUGCUUGACUGUUAACUGGAUGCUUUUCGAGAAGAACUAGCUCGUUACUGCCAACGACGCUUAUCCUUAACGGCUAUCCUCUCUGCUUGCUGAGGUUCACAGACCCGACGGACGAACUCUCUAUUCUUAUUACUCAACACUUAUACACCGUUAUUCAAAAAAGUUAGCACAUAACUUAAGACAUAUCGACACACUCACUAAUAAACAUUGCCAUUCAGAACGUGCACGAAAAAAAAAAUAUCUGCACAUCUUCGUAACGCAUAUAUUUUCAUGUUCUUGUCAGUUCGUUCAUUUACACAGUGUUAUAGUUGUUUUGUUUUGAAAUAAGAUUGGAAUUUCAAAAAACUUUAUAUAACUUCGAUAACGGUGGUACAUGUAAAGUUAGCAGGAGAAAUAGCCUUAACUAUUAACGGCCUUUCAUCCUUGCAGCCUCCAUUGAGCGAAACUGCCGAUGGAAAAGGAGUUUAAACUCUUCAGUGUUCUGUUAAAAAAUAUAUCUAAAUUUUUUCCUCACAUUUAUUUAAUACCUUGCGUAGGCUUCUUGUUUAACGAAAUUGUACCGUAAAAGGUAAAUAGACAGAACUCUCGACAACUAUUGGUUGAAAAGUGAACAUGAAGUUGAUUAAAGCUAAUCUCAUGCGUAGUACAGCUGGGAAACAUUCAAUUUGUACAACUCUUUAUCUGUAUGACUUUGUGCCAUGUCUUACACUUGGAUCUGUUUUCUGUUACUGGAUCUGUGUUCAAUGAUACCCAAGAUUGCCUGGUUACAAGGUUGGUUAUUCAAGUAUGUUCUUUGACAAACUGAAAAUUGAGAAAUACAUUCUUUCAUUACUACCGUAAAAAAAAAAAAACGCGAUUGACUGAAAAUAAAGCAACGUUGUCAUCGUUAUUGUGUUUUCAAUGUUUGCUGCAAGCUACAGAUGGCGGCUUUUCAAUUUCCUGAUGGAAAUAGCACGUUAUCAUUUGUUCUUUGACAUUAUGGGCCGGUCAUUUGCACGAGGCCAAACUAACCCAAACCACAGUUUUACCAUAUCCAGACGUUUCUGUUUAAUAUUUUACAGUUAGAGGAUAGUAUAUUGUGAUAAGUUUGGAGAAGUUGUGGGCCCUUAGUGUCCUAACUCGUUUGCUCAUGAUAAGUACCUGACGAACUUUUAUCUGCCGUUCACCCAGAAUAGUUUUACAAGGCGUACAACAAACAAGAUUUCGACUCUCACAAAUAAAGGAAUUUACCAGAGUGGCAAUUAUUCCGCUUUGCGCGGAACUUAAAAGCUAAGCGCCGUAGAAAAGGCAAGUUGUUAAAAAAAAGGUGAUAAGCCUAAACAACAUGUUAAAAGUUUCCUAAUUGACAUUCACGUCUCGUAACCUAAGUAAGGUAAUUAUGAGAAAGUGCAAGCAGUUCCUCUCCUGACAUAAACAUGUUGAACAUUUCCAGUCUGCAGAAUUUCUAAUCAUAGAUCAGACUCAUUCCCAGUGUACUGCGACCAGACAAGUGAUGGAGGUGGUACGUCAAACUAAAUAAGAGGAUCUCGAUGGGUUAACCGUUAGGCGUAAAACGGCCAAAAAAUUCAACCGUUAGGCAUAUUAAAUUGACAAAUUUAAACUCUACGGUGUCCAAUUUACGUUUUUAUUUCAGUUGAUAACACUAGAUUACCUUGUUAUACUCUCCCACCGACGCAGCACCACAGUUUCUUUAGAAACUUACCCCCUUUUUCCAAAUAAGUAGUUGAUUUAGAGGUGGCUAACUCACUUGGCUAGGAAGGUCCUUGAACUUAGGUCAUGUCCAUUCAGUCAAUUCGUAAAACUAUAUCCAGAGUUUUCCAAAGGAACAAGCAAUUUUCACGAACCUGGACUAUUUUUGACAUUUUUGAGGUUGGACGAUGAUAUUUGAAUACAUUGGAGAAGAUUCUUCCUCUCCGACUGGUAAAGCGUUAUGGAAUUGGUCCGACACAUUAUCAGAAAAUAUUAUCGCUGCCUUAGAUACCACUUCGACCUACCAGGGAAACUACAAAAACCGUAUCGUUCAAAAACUGUAUUGUUCAAAGUUGGCAAACUUUUAACCCUCGAGAGGUACGUCCGGAAAAUAUCUACACCAAAGAGGAUUAGGCUAAAUGCACCUUAGUUUACAAUUUUCUUAUACAAUGUUAAUGUAUUUCCAUAGAAAUGGCCUGUAAAAAUAAAUCAGUUAGACUCUUUUGGAUUUUUUUUUCCAUUUGCCUGAUCGAGCUUUCCAUCUAAUGGAAGACUUGUCUUCAAAUUGUCUGUCACGAAACACUUUUCCAGAUGCUUUUCAUCAUGUUCCUAAAGACAAACCAAGCGGACACAUUUCUGAACUGCUUGCCUCUUUUGAGAAGAAUUAGGAAUAGAAAAGAAUGGAAUAUAAAUAAUAUAAAAGAACAUAAACUAAAACAAUUUGUUUCAAAGAGUGAUAUCACUGGCCAUGCAAUGAGAUCUCUAUUUGUUGCGUUCUUUUGUUUACCUUACUUCCCAAACUUUUAGGAUGAAUGGUCGUGGGAUUUCUGAGCUGAAACAAAAGUGCUCAUUCAGAUAUUACGUUAAAAAGUACUCAGAGUGUUAGCUUUUAAUACUUCGAGGAUGAUUGAAAAAACAAGGGUUGCCGUGCCAAAGACAGAGUGAUACUAGAACCAAGCCGAUAAAACAACUUCUUGCUCAAAACUUUGCCUUCUCGAGUUUACAUAUAGUCAUGUUACGUGGUAUUGAUUGAUUGAUAUUGAUUGAUAAACUGUCGGAAUCCUUCAAAAUAAGUUUGUAAAAAGACAAUAAAAAGUUGAUCAACAAUUCUUUAAAUUCCCCGAUGUAACGAUUCUCAUCUUACCCCAUACUCAUGUAUUUGACAUGUAGACAACAGAUCAUUUUCUUGUAUGACUUUAGGUCCGUGUAGUGCUUUACACGAAUGGAGCAGAAGUUAUGUCUAUGAAGUUCAAUGCCAGAGGAACUACUAACGUGGAUUGGUUUACACAAAAUAAUCUACUUCAAUCACCAUGGACAGAUCUUAAGAAUGCGACAGCUUUAAAACCCUUUCGCAUCAAUGGCCAUUACGGUACACGAAACUUUGAAAUUACAGCUAAGUACGCAGGAUGCCCUAAUGAUGUUGGGUGGUUUAUAAUCGGAGGACCUUACUGUGCCUGGGAGAGAUUUCACCCUGUGCCGGCAAUUCUAUACAGCAAGAAAACUCAUAAAAUCACAUGGAAUAAUAGCCAAGAUAGAAAUUGA